UAUCUCACUAUUAUCAGACCAUCACAAGUCCCAGCACCAUUAAGAUCAGCAGAUUUCUCAAAUCUACCGCAGCUAGGUUGUGAAGGACCCCAUUUAGAGUGAAGAUCUCUGUGCUGGGAUUAAAUUGUUGAUCCUUGCUUGCUAGUCAUUAAUUGUGUACAUGUGUGUGCAUACAGGCAUACAGCGACGGUUUUCGAGCAUAAAAAGACGGUUUCAUAAUGCAGAUAAAUGUGUGGCCCACCAUAUCCUCUCAACUAGGGCAAUGUAAGGUGGCAAAUUAAGAGCAGUCCCAGUUAGAUAGAGCUCAAAUUCAAACCUUCCCACAAGGAUUCAAAAAGGUCUACUUCCAAUCCCUUGAUAUUUUCCUAUUACCAUCUAGAUAUUUAUCCUUUUAUAAUGAUAUUUGAUGAGGCCUAGUCACUUCUUGAACCAACUCAGGCAAACUGUAUUUCGCAGCAAUGAUGUACGAACCAAAUAAAAACGACGACGACGACGACAAUAACGAAUGGCAACAUGUUGAGCAUCCAUUUCCUGAGGGAUCCCCCUCCACGAUGCACCAAUCGAGUAGUGCAUCGAACAAUUUUGUGAUUGAUGAGAAUUACCUUCUUCAUGGUCGUCGAUCUGCCUCUGUCCCGCCACCGAACCCUGAAGAUGAUCAAUCCUCGUCGCCGCCAUCAUCACCGGCAUCGGCGUCGGCGUCGUCUAAUUGCGUGAGUGAUGAGGAUGGGAAUCCGAUUCCGUCGCCGUCGCAAUCAGAAUGGAGGCUCCGAGUGGCCAGUGAGGGCUGGAAGCUAUUGAAGGUGCGGUUCGAGGCGAUUAGAGACGGUGUCGUUCGGGUGGCUUCUAGAGUUCGUGAUUAUGCAAUAUGCAUGGGGGCGUUUUGGUCAAUUACGUACAUAACCGGAGCGGCGUUGGCAACGGCAGCGUUAUUGGUAUACGUGGGGAUUCAACGUCGACGCCGGCGCCGGCGAUGGACGCUUCAUCAGCAGAGGUUGGAUCAUAUGGCUUGUCUUCUUAGAGAGAGAGACGAGAGGAUUAGCGAGCUGUUGCUUCAGAUUGCCCAUUUGAAUGAAUUGUUGUCGUCAAGGCGCAAGGUUCCAGUGCUCCGAAUCAAUGGCUAAUUUCAUUUACUAUUAACAGUUCAGAUGCUAGAAAAUCCUCCUGCUCCAAUCAGAGAAACUGUCGCCACUUACCUUGCUUGCCUCUGCAAUCUCUACGUCGCCCUCGACUUGCUCAAAACAUUUGAUAUUAAUGCAACUAGUUACGGUAGGAGAAUGCAGCAAAAAUAGGGGCGGGGGAGAGGGGCGGAGAGAAGGAGAGG